GGAUGAGAGCGGAAGACGGACCGUCGCCUGAUGCUAACCCUUUUUAAUCCGAGGUGAUCAACCCCUUGUAUUUCAACUUCUUCUCUCCUCCCGAUCAGGCUUCACGAGUUACGCUUUCCUUAACCUCUAUCCAGGAUACUAUGCGGUUCUCUAUCCGCUUCCAAACUGAUGUUGGAACCAUUGGAACAUUUGGUUCUGAUCUUCUCGCGGCUUCCCCACGAGCGACAGACGUACUCACCGUUCGACUCUCGCACCCAAACAAGGGAUGAGUACCUUCAAGCUACCGUUUAUGGUUCCUUUCACCCGGACCUUUAGGGGAAAAGGUGAGGAUAAGGGGACGAACGGAAAGGAAUAUGGACACUCUGAACCUACUCAGCUAAGCUUCUUCUCUUCGCACCUCGAUUCUUGCCUACAUGCCUCGAGUCUCGAAUCCUUAGAAGCAAUAUACGAGCCGAUUCGUACUCUUCUUGACCAUGGGAGACACAAUGAACUGUGGUGGCUGGACAUUACUGCUCCAUCGGAAGAAGAUAUCGAGAUUCUUUCUCGGAGAUUUAGUCUACACCCUCUGACAACAGAGGAUAUUAAAACCGGCGAAACUCGGGAGAAGAUAGAAUUAUUCGGGCCAUAUUAUUUUUUGUCCCUGCGGCCGCCUAGCCCUGUUGAUACAAAUGAAGGGGUCCGUACCUCUCCCCUCAACGUCUAUGCUGUCGUCUUCCGGGAUGGUGUUCUGAGCUUCUCGUGGUCGAGUAACCCACACGCGGCGCAUGUCCGUAGCCGUAUGAAGGAGCAUCAGAGUCACUUCCCCCUGACUAGUGACUGGAUAUGCUAUGCGCUUAUUGACGACAUUGUCGAUGGAUUUGGUCCAUUUAUUACCUCUAUAGACGGUGGCGUGGAGAUGAUAGAGGAUAGUAUCUCCAUAACUCGACCGGACGAUAUUGGAUUGGCAUUGCAGCGAAUUUACCAGUGGAGGAAAGAGGUUAUGCAUGUCCGACAUCUUCUUAACGACAAGACCGAUGUCAUUCGCUGCUUCGCUCGCCACUGCGAUGCCCCUGGUGCCUCGUCGUCGCAAAUGAGUCUCUAUCUCAGUGAUAUCCAGGACCAUGUUUUGACCAUGAUGGGCAAACUGGAUGCAUCUGAACAGAUGCUUUCCCGCAGUCAGUCGAAGUUUCUCAGCCAACUCUCAUUUGACUCAUCUCGGAUGAGAAAUCAGAUCAUGCUUACGCUCAGCCGGCUCACUCUUGUCCCGUGUAUCGUCGUUCCUCUCCAGUUUAUCACUGGUUUGUUUGGCAUGAAUACCCACGUACCUGGACAGGGCGCUGAUGGGCUGGCCUGGUGGUUCUCUAUAUUAGGAGUAGUCCUGACGCUUGUCGUGUUGUUUUACAAUAUUGCAAAGAGACUUGGGGUAAUCUAGAUGGGAAGUAUAGAGUCUGCGCGGAUUUACUCUCUGAAUGAUGUUAUAAGGGGCUAGAUACUACAAUAUAAG